CGGUCGGUCUCCCCUCCACAUUUUCCCUUCCCGUUCAUUCCCCUCCGAAUUAUUGCCUUGCCUCGCCUCGCCACCCCCGUCUCUGACGGCCAUGGCCCACCUCCAGCUCACGGCGGUCGCCGGCGGCCGCGACGACGAGAUGGAGGAGGUGGCGCUGCUGGGGUCCUACGGCGAGGCGGAGGGGCCGAGCUCGCGGAAGGGCCAGGAGGAGGAGGAGGCGGGCAUGCGGCGGGCCCAGGUGCGGGUCACGGGCAUGACGUGCUCCGCCUGCACGGGCGCCGUCGAGGCCGCCCUCUCCGCCCGCCGCGGCGUGCGCAGCGCCGCCGUGUCGCUGCUGCAGAACCGCGCCCACGUCGUGUUCGACCCCGCGCUCGCCAAGGAAGAGGACAUUGUAGAAGCAAUAGAAGAUGCUGGGUUUGAAGCAGAAAUCCUCCCAGAUUCUGCUGUUUCUCAGCCAAAGUCACAGAAGGCUUUGUCAGGCCAAUUUAGGAUAGGGGGGAUGACUUGUGCUGCCUGUGUGAACUCAGUUGAAGGGAUCUUAAAGAAGUUACCAGGUGUAAACAGAGCAGUUGUUGCAUUAGCGACCUCAUUAGGGGAAGUUGAGUACGAUCCGACUGCUAUUAGCAAAGAUGAGAUUGUUCAGGCUAUCGAGGAUGCUGGUUUUGAAGCCGCACUGGUACAAAGUAGUGAGCAAGAUAAGGCUUUAUUAGGUUUGAUAGGAUUGCAUACAGAGAGAGAUGUAAAUUUAUUGUAUGAUAUCCUGAGAAAAACAGAAGGCCUGCGGCAAUUUGAUGUAAAUUCUGUACGGGCAGAAGUUGAAAUUACAUUCGAUCCAGAAGUAGUUGGUUUGAGAUCGGUUGUGGAUAUUAUUGAUAUGGAAAGCAGUGGCAGACUGAAAGCCCAUGUACAGAAUCCAUAUGUACGGUCUUCUUCAAAUGAUGCACAAGAGGCUUCGAAAAUGCUUCACCUCCUUCGCUCAAGCUUAUUUCUAAGUAUUCAAGUGUUUUUUAUGCGCAUGGUAUGCCCUCACAUAUCUUUCAUCAACUCAUUCCUACUCAUGCACUGCGGACCAUUUCGUAUAGGAGAUCUGCUCAAGUGGAUGCUGGUGAGUGUAGUACAAUUUGUUGUUGGCAAACGUUUCUAUGUUGCAGCUUAUAGGGCCCUUAGACAUGGCUCUACAAAUAUGGAUGUAUUGGUCGUUCUUGGCACAACUGCAACAUAUGUGUACUCAGUUUGCGCGCUUCUUUAUGGGGCAUUCACUGGAUUUCAUCCUCCGAUGUAUUUUGAGACAAGUGCAAUGAUAAUUACAUUUGUGCUAUUGGGGAAGUAUCUUGAGGUGCUUGCUAAAGGAAGGACAUCAGAUGCAAUUAAGAAGCUUGUAGAGCUGGUUCCUGCUACAGCUAUCUUGCUUCUGAAAUACAAAGAUGGAAAAUAUGCUGGAGAAAAGGAAAUUGAUGCAUUGUUGAUCCAACCUGGCGAUGUCUUAAAAGUGCUUCCUGGUUCAAAGAUUCCUGCUGAUGGCAUUGUCACUUGGGGUACAAGCCAUGUUGAUGAAAGUAUGGUAACUGGUGAAUCUGCGUCUAUCUGCAAGGAAGUAUCCAGUUCAGUUAUUGGAGGCACCAUGAACCUAAAUGGCAUCCUUCACAUACAAGCGGCGAAAGUAGGAUCAGGGACAGUUUUGAGCCAGAUAAUAUCUCUUGUUGAGACUGCCCAGAUGUCUAAAGCACCUAUUCAGAAGUUCGCUGAUUAUGUGGCCGGCAUUUUUGUUCCUAUUGUCAUCACAUUGUCCUUACUGACAUUCUGUACAUGGUUUGUAUGUGGGACGCUGGGGGCAUAUCCAAAUUCAUGGGUUUCAGAAACUAGCAAUUGCUUUGUUUUCUCCCUCAUGUUCUCCAUCUCUGUUGUGGUAAUUGCCUGUCCAUGUGCUCUUGGUCUGGCGACACCAACUGCUGUUAUGGUAGCAACUGGAGUUGGCGCCAAUCAUGGAGUACUUGUAAAGGGUGGAGAUGCACUGGAGAGGGCUCAGAAUGUUAACUAUAUUAUAUUUGAUAAAACUGGGACACUGACACAAGGAAAGGCCACUGUAACAACGACGAAAGUGUUCUCAGGAAUGGAUGUUGGUGACUUCCUCACAUUGGUAGCAUCUGCGGAGGCAAGCAGUGAGCAUCCACUUGCAAAAGCUAUCUUGGAUUAUGCAUUUCAUUUCCAUUUCUUUGGCAAACUCCCCUCAUCAAAAGACGACGUUAAGAAAAGAAAAGAAGAUGCAUUCUCUCAAUGGCUCUUGGAAGUUGCUGAUUUUUCUGCCUUGCCUGGCAAAGGAGUUCAAUGUUUGAUCAAUGGGAAGAUGAUUCUGGUGGGCAACCGUACUUUGAUAUCUGAAAAUGGGGUUAACAUUCCUGAAGAGGCUGAAAGUUUCUUGGUAGACAUGGAAUUGAACGCAAAGACAGGCAUUCUUGUAGCAUAUGAUGGCGACUUCAUUGGUUUGAUGGGGGUAACCGAUCCCUUGAAAAGGGAGGCUGCUGUAGUUAUAGAAGGCCUAAAAAAGAUGGGCAUUUAUCCAGUUAUGGUGACAGGGGACAAUUGGAGGACUGCACUGGCAGUUGCAAAGGAGAUUGGAAUUGAAGAUGUGAGAGCAGAGGUUAUGCCUGCCGGAAAAGCUGACGUAAUCCGCUCUUUCCAAAAGGAUGGGAGCGUGGUUGCAAUGGUUGGAGAUGGGAUCAAUGAUUCCCCUGCCCUGGCAGCAGCUGACGUCGGGAUGGCCAUCGGUGCAGGGACUGACAUCGCCAUCGAGGCAGCAGACUAUGUGCUGGUGCGGAAUAACCUUGAAGACGUCAUCACGGCGAUUGACCUCUCAAGGAAGACGUUCAGCCGAAUCCGGUGGAACUACUUCUUUGCCAUGGCGUAUAACAUCGUUGCCAUCCCUGUGGCUGCCGGCGCACUCUUCCCCUUCACCGGCCUGCAAAUGCCGCCGUGGCUGGCUGGCGCUUGCAUGGCCUUCUCGUCGGUUAGUGUAGUAUGUUCCUCGCUGCUGCUGAGGAGAUAUAGAAAACCAAGGCUUACCACCGUCUUGCAGAUAACUGUAGAGUGAUUUCAACUUGGAACCUAACCCGCCUGUUUUUGUGUGUGACAUUUCUACUUGAAAGAAAUGGAUAUGGCAUCUGUUUGUAACUCAGUGAUGAUACAGUUUUUGACACCUGUGCUUGUAAAUAGCAUAUAUAUACACAGAUGUAGAUUGUGUGUAAUUCAGAUUCCCAGUUGUUCACAGGAUGUUAAUUGGCUAGUCGAACAUAUGGGACUGCGAGCCUCUUUUACUUGAGAAGUUGUGAAGAAUUAA